UGUGUAUGAAGAGCGUGUUUUUUCUUUUUUCAAUACCGUUUCCACUACACACGGCUUUGUAUAUUGUGUACUGCUUCGACGUUCCUUAAGUUCAAUGGCGGAGUUUCACUGUGCAUAGAUUUAAUACGCUUGACUUAAGCCAGUCGCGACACUGUAUUAUCUCUAUGGACAAGACGAGUUUGAACUAAAAAUAAGUAAACACUAUACUGGUUGGGAAAAAUUUCGCUUACAACGAGUCUGACAAACGACAGUUCUCACUAGCACAAUGGGUCUUGUUGACAGCGUGAAAAGUGCUGGCCUGUUUGCCAAAAUAGCACUCCUUCUUAUCAUCAUUGCCAACUUCUUUAACUGGAUUAGCUUCACCACCACUUCGUGGGGUAUCGUCAACGCUGCCACCGGCAAUGACGCUCACGUGGGUUUGUGGAGAAGGUGUUCCAAGUUGACAACAGGAUGUAACGAUUUGGACGGCUACGCUAAUG